AUGCCUACUAUAGGAGAAAAUAAGUAUAGAGACAACACGAGCACUUUCAUAGACGACGCAAGAAAUUACAAAAGGAAAUCGAUUGACGAGCACGAUGAUUGUUCUUUCUUUGAAGAUUUACUCUACCUAAACCAAGAGAGAAGAGAUUCGCAAAAUGUGCAGAACGAUAAUUUAUUUGUUAAUGUGGAACUUGGAUCAACUCGAACCAGUGCUAUAGGUCUCAACACAGUGAAGAAUAUCAGCUAUGCGGAGAGUAAGAUAAAGGAGUCCAGGAGUGCUAGGAAUUACCAAAAUUGUGGCACCCCCGGUGAACUUAGCCUGGAGUCUCCCCUAAACGAAAUUCAAAGGUACCAGCUGACCCUACUCAAGAAUAGCAACCCCGCGUGUCCAAAAGCGCCAAAGGUAUCAAUCACCAGGGACAACCGGGAGGGAGAAAUCAGAACUAAAGAUAACUCUAUUGAAACAAAGUUCAAGAUAGGCAGUGAUGAAGCCAAAAUAGGUAUCUCAUUAAAGGAAAAUAUACAACCUUUAAGUAACUCUACCCAAGGAAAAAUGCAAGAAAGGCACUUGCUUAUUAAGCCGAGAAGGAAUUACAACGAAGUACAUGCAAACGAAAUGGAUGAGUCGAACGGGAAUAAUCAAAAUGUGCACAGAGCAAAUGAGGAGAUAUCUGGUGGGAAGGAAGACGCUCUGAUAAGUGGUAGCCAUUUGUCGAAUGGAUAUAGAAUCCCAGCAUUUGUUGAGCUGAAAAAGGGGGAUAGGAUUAACCAACCAAAUAGAACAUUCCAGUAUGAAGGCGAAGAGAAAAAGAUUACCCCCCCAAAUAAUAGGUCCGCGAAAGAAACCCUAAAAAAUGGUUACUUCCCCAAGGGGGCAAUGUCCGAGUGGACGGAUGAAGCUGUCCUUUGUGAUAAAAGAAGUAGCCAAAUAGGUGAAAGGAAAAAUAAGGAAAUCCACAAUUCGAUGGGCGAACUUGCUUUUAAAAAAAGUGGUCUUACGCGUAGGGGGGAUUUAUUUGAGAAUUACAGUUAUGCCAUGGGGGACGAAAGUACAAACAUAGAUGAGACGAAGGAUGCGAAUGAAGCGAAUAAAGGGAAUGGGAAGAAAAACCCGACCGAGGGGUUCGUCGACCAUCGCAGAGAACCCACGCGUGACGCUUUGAUGAAGUGCCAACGGAUGGACGACCAUUGCGUGAUUUACAAGAGAGAAAGACAUGGUGAAAAAAAGGUCCUUGAGGAAGAGCACGCCAACGAAGAGGUUCCCGCGCGUCAGUUUGGAAGAAAGGGUUCCAAUAAUUUCAACCCUGAAGUUGAUGCGAAUGAAGAAAUCACCUGCAGGAAGGAAAUAAAAAUUACGCAGAAGAACGAGCCUACCAACUCAAUUCUUCACAUUUCGAACAGAAGCGCUAAAAAUUUGCAGAAACCUGUUAAUGUAAAAGCAAAUAUUGCCCUCGUAAACCACGAAAAAAACAUAACGUCUAAAUUAACAGUGCCUGAUAAGCCAAUUCCCCAUGAGAAAGAAGCAAAUAGCGUUUCGCGAAAUAACACACCAAAUAAACACACGAGUAAGAGUAUACCGAAAAAUGUAAAUAUCAGUUCCAAGAUAAAAAAUGAUAAAUCGGUGACUUAUCUAACGUAUGAAGAUAUUACAGAUUUUAAAUUCGAAGUGACCAUAGAUGCCAUCCACGACAUGAUUGGGAAGCUGUUAGAAAUCACGAAAGAUCAGGAAUGGACGAAGCAAAUUGAAAAUUUAAUUAACUUAAGAAAAAUUUUAAAAUUUUACCACAAAUUAUUUUUUGAUAAUCAUACAAAGGAAUUAAGAAAAAUAACUAGGUCUAUAAUUGAGCUUUUAAAUAGUCCCCGAUCUUGUGUGUCGAAAAAUGCGUUACUAUGCUUGUCCGAGUUUUACUCCAUUGGGAAGAAAAGAAUGGAUUGUACUUUGGAUGAUGUCAUCCUCCCUUGUUUGAAAAAGGCCCACCAGACAUCAACAGAUUUUCUGAGCAGCGCUGCGAAUAAUGCGCUUCUUGCAAUAUGCAACUCUUGUACGGAAAGCAAGCUUAUUUUGCACUUUGUGAAGAUAAUUACCUCGAAACAAAAAACGUACAACCUGAUAUGCCUCAAGUGCCUGAUUGCGGUCAUAAUCAAAUUUGAGGAUAGCAUUUCCAAGUUUAAGGAAAUUAACAAGCUCAUAGAGGCCCUUGUGGAGUGUACUGCAGAGGGAAGCGCGGAGAUGAAAUGCACGGCUAGGGUGGCUUUGGUCGUUCUGGACAACAUAUGCCCAAUCAAGCAGAACGGCAACAAGUUUCACAUUCCCGCGGAUAAAAUAAAGAAGAUCGAAGGCCUAACAGACCGAACGUCCGAAAGCGAAAUCGACUCCGUCCUGGGGAAAAUCAAGUUCAGUUGA